UCAUCUACGCCAAUAUUAACAAAUAGCUAGCACAGCACUGUUUGGCUUCCAAGAGAGAAAUUAAAGGGGAUCGAUGGCGCCGUGGAUUCGGAUUCUUGUCCUGGCUAUGGUGGCUUGUCUGUUUCCGGCAUCGGUGGAGUCUAUUGUUCGACAUUACAAGUUUAAUGUGGUAUUGAAAAACACGACAAGAUUGUGUUCCACAAAACCCAUCGUCACCAUAAAUGGCAAAUUCCCAGGACCGACAAUAGUUGCCAGGGAAGACGAUACAGUGCUUAUUAAGGUGGUCAAUCAUGUUAAGUACAACGUCAGCAUCCACUGGCACGGGGUAAGACAAUUGAGAACAGGCUGGGCCGAUGGGCCAGCAUACAUAACCCAAUGCCCAAUCCAACCAGGGAAUCAGUAUGUGUACAACUUCACACUCACUGGCCAGAGAGGCACGCUUUGGUGGCAUGCACACAUUCUCUGGCUCAGAUCCACCGUUCAUGGAGCCAUAGUCAUACUGCCUAAGCGUGGCGUUCCUUAUCCAUUCCCCAAACCUGAUAAAGAAGAGAUUGUUAUAUUAGGUGAAUGGUGGAAAUCAGAUACUGAAGAUGUAAUCAACGAAGCUUUGAAAUCUGGUUUAGCCCCAAAUGUCUCAGAUUCUCACACUAUCAACGGGCAUCCUGGACAGGCCCCUAAUUGUCCUUCACAAGGAUACAAAUUAUCAGUGAGACCUGGCAAGACCUACCUAUUUCGGUUGAUCAGCGCUGCACUUAAUGAAGAACUCUUCUUCAAGAUCGCCGGACACCAACUCACCGUCGUCGAGGUAGACGCAACCUACGUUAAACCCUUCAAAACCGACACAAUCCUCAUCGCCCCCGGCCAAACUACAAACGUACUCUUAACAGCCCACAAAGGCGCCGGCAAGUACAUGGUCGCAGCUUCUCCUUUCAUGGACGCACCAAUUGCAGUAGAUAACACCACCGCCACUGCCAUACUAAACUACAUCGGCUCCCAAACCACAGUGUCCACCACCCUCAUUGCCCCGCCUCCCAAAAAUGCCACCCCUGUCGCAUCCAAUUUCACAAACGCCCUUCGAAGCCUCAACUCCAAAGAAUACCCAGCAAGUGUUCCAUUGAAGAUCGAUCACAACCUUCUAUUCACAGUCAGUCUCGGAAUUAAUCCUUGUUCAGCUUGCCCCAAUGGAAGCCGAGUUGUUGCUGGCAUCAACAACAUCACAUUUGUCAUGCCCUCUGUUGCUCUGCUUAAUGCCCAUUUCUUCAAUAUGAAAGGGGUUUUCACUGAUGAUUUUCCGGCGAACCCUCCGAUACAGUACAAUUAUACAGGGACGCAGCCGACGAAUUUGCAGACGAUGAACGGGACGAGACUUCAUAGACUCGCUUAUAAUUCCACUAUUCAAUUGGUUUUCCAAGAUACAGGGAUGAUUGCACCAGAAAACCAUCCGCUCCAUUUGCACGGGUUCAAUUUCUUUCAAGUUGGAAAAGGAAUUGGGAAUUUUGACCCGAAAAAGGAUCCAAAGAACUUCAAUCUAAUUGACCCGGUUGAGAGGAACACCAUCGGCGUCCCCUCUGGUGGAUGGACUGCUAUCAGAUUCAGGGCUGACAAUCCAGGGGUUUGGUUUAUGCAUUGUCAUUUGGAGGUACACACAACAUGGGGGCUUAAGAUGGCGUUUGUUGUAGACAAUGGAAAAGGACCCAACGAAUCUCUUCUGCCACCUCCAAGUGAUCUUCCAAAGUGUUAAUCUAUUCUCAAUUUGACCCUCUUCUGCAUUAAAAAUACUAGAAUUGUCUAGAGGAGACGAAGAAGAACAAAGAAAUAGCAGAAAUGGGCCAAGACUACGGAAGAGAACGACUUGUUAAUAAUUACAGGAGUUAUUUGGAGCAAGCCAAAAAAAAAGGCUUCGCUCAAUAAUGCCGGAUUAAUUUUUUUUCUCUCUCUCUCUCUCUUUUUUUUUUGCUUUGUUCCACUGAUGUAUGUGUAAUUAUGAUAUUAUUGCCGCUAUACCAAGGAUUUAUACGAUCAGUUUUUUUUCAAAGUCCAAAAUUCUUGCAAAAUUGUAGAACG